UGCAGCAUCCCGCAUCGCCUGCUCUGGUCUGGACAGGCGUCCGGGGCGCCUUUAAUCCUCCCAGCCCUAGCAAGAAGCAGCGGCGGCGGCAGAGGUGUCCGCGGCGCCUCCUCCUGCUGCAAUCUGCAUUCUGCCUUUGUCCUGCACCCCGCCAUGGCCUUGGGGGCUCAUGCACAGGUGAUGUUUGAAGACGUGGCCAUCUAUUUCUCCUCGGUGGAGUGGGCGGAGCUAGCAGAGUGGCAGAAGGACCUCUACCGGGCCGUGAUGGUGGACAACUAUGAAGCGGUCACCUCUCUGGGGCACCCGUCCGCCAAACCCGAGAUCAUCUGCAAAAUCGAGCGCCAAGAGGAGCCUUGCAUGGAGGAGCCCCUCAAGACCCCCAAAUGGAAGAGGCCCCAGAGUCCCUGGCUGGGAGAUGGGAUCAGGAUGGAAGACGAGGACGAAGGCAGAGGGGCAGUCCAUGUCCGGCGGCACAAGAGGAAGAAGGUGGUCCACCCUUCCAGAACGGAGAAGCCGGUGACCCGGGCGACGAGCGCACAGGACGAGGGUCCCCCGAAGUCGACGCUGAAGACAAAGCCCCCCGAGUGCCCCGAGUGCGGCAAGAGCUUCCUGAGCAACGUGGCGAUGGUCAUCCACAUCCGGACGCACACCGGGGAGCGGCCCUUCAGGUGCCACCUGUGCCCCAAGGGCUUCCCCUCGCGGGGGGACCUGAAGCGGCACAUCAAGACCCACUUGCGCAAGAAGGAGGACCCCGCGGCCAGCGACGCCAGCCCCAAGGCGCGGAAGUGCCUGACGGCCAAGCUCCAGCUCCUGCGCCAUCUUGGGUCCGCCCCGGGCCCCAGGAAGCCCCACACCUGCGCCCAGUGCGGAAAGAGCUUCAACAAGAAGCAGGACUUGCGCAAGCACCAUGGGACCCACUCAGGCGAGCGGCCCUUCUCCUGCCCGGAGUGCGGGCGCAGCUUCCGGCUCAAGCAGAUCCUGGUGGCCCACAUGAAGGUGCACGUCGGGGAGCGGCCCUUCUCCUGCCAGCAGUGCGGGAAGCGCUUCAGCCAGAAGCACCACGUGGAGAGCCACCAGCGCGUCCACACCGGCGAGAAGCCCUUCUCGUGCACCACGUGCGGGAAGCGCUACUCGCAGAAGCAGCCGCUCAUCAGCCACCUUCGGGUGCACACCGGGGAGAGGCCCUACGCCUGCGCGGAGUGCGGGAAGACCUUCCGCAACCAGGCCACCCUGACCAUCCACAACCGGAUGCACACCGGCGAGCGCCCCUACCGCUGCCUGCUGUGCGGCAAGACCUGCAGCCAGCUGCAGCACCUCAAGAGCCACCAGAGGGUCCACCGCGGGGAGCAGCACCUCCUGCAGGCGGGCGACGCCAAGGCGCUGGCCCUCAAGAGGGCCCGCGAGGUGAAGGAGAAGCCCUACCCGUGCCCCAGGUGCGAGAAGCGCUUCCGGGAUGAGGAGAUCAUGCAGACCCACCUGAGGACGCACGAGGAGAAGCUGGCGAAAUGUGGACUCCUUCCGAGCGGAGCCAGCCCUGGGGAAGGCCCUCCUCUUCCCGUUCAGCCCCCAAAGACCCUGCCAGAGUUUAAGUCCGUCUGCAGAGGGACGGGCGCGAGCAAGAAGCCUCCCUCUGCACCCCAGCCUGGCCCGGCAACUGGGAAACGGGCCUUUGCAUGCUCCGAUUGCGGCAGGAAGUUCACCCAGGCGAAAUACCUCACCAUGCACCGGAGGAGCCACACAUGAGGGGAACCAGUUUGCAUUGGGAGGAAACCUGGUGAUGCAUUUUAAGGAUGCCUUUGUGAGCAAAGGCUUUCUUUGGAGCAACUAGCGUGUGGAAGCUACAGAGAAAUCUUCCUCUGGCCCAUACGAUGAGGUUGGGGGAGGUGGAGAACAAGGGGGCAAAGCAUGUUUCUAGCUUGAGCUGAAAUAGGUCCUGCAACAAAAGCAGUUAUAUUUCUUAUCUUCCACCCUUACCCCCUUAUUUUGAGUGUCUAGUUCAUGGAAGAUUUCUGUGUAACUUGCAAGCCUGUAUCAGUUGUCCUCAGCGAAGGGAUUGCUUCGAUUCCUUAUCCUGUGGAUUCAAGGGAACUGCAAUAACUUUGAACUCUUUGUAGCUCUAGAUCUAGUGGGGCAGCAGUAUGCAGCAUUCCUUGAGUCCUUGUUGCAAAGGCUUCUGAGUAGCUGUCCUACAUGGGAAAGUGCCCAGGACAGAGAGAGAGAGAGAAAUAAAACUCUCCUGCUGAACCUGUCAGAGUUGGAUUUGUCCGUGGAGCUGGCAGUAGGAACAGGAAUUCACUCCCGUAGGAUGUGGCUACAGUCGCUAGGCGAAAUGGUGCUUUAAAAUGGAUCUCCCAAACACUUAUUGGAUAGAUUUUAUAGCUAAGGUUGGGAGCUCAGUAGGAGUAAAGGAAGCUGUCUUAUACAGAGUCAGACCACCUGACUCAAUAUUGUCUGCCAGCAGUGCACCAGGGUUUCAAGCAGUCAGAAAAUGACCCUGAGACACGCUGUCGCUGAGCUAUGACCCUUCCCCAUCAUUCAGAAGCAGCGUGCUGCUCACUUGCCAGCUGCAAGGGACAGGCAGGGGAGCAGAGGAGCCAACUCCUAGGGACCAAGGUCCCUUUGCCUCCCCCCAGUACAAUAUUUGCGGGGGCCUGGCCCCUACGAAGUUGAUGAAUAUUGGCAUUCAAAUGGUGUGUGUGUGUGUGCUGCAUCAUGUGAUUGGUUAUGUGGGGCGGGGGUUACCUGCCCCCCAUAUAUUAUUCAAGUUGGUACCCCAGUGAUAAAGGUUGCUUCCACGGCAGAGCCCUUUAACACUGCUGAAUCAGCAGGAUGCGGAAUUAAGGCGGGUGACCCGUCCAACACUUUAGCAUAGCAGUGUAUUCUCCUUGAGAAAUUUGGCAAUGCCAGCUCCCAUGGGCAGCUGCCUAAAUAAUGUUUCCUUGGAAGCAAGUCCUCAAUUCAGCCUUGUAUUUAAGCCCUUGCCUGUGAGAGUUGUCUCUAGGUGAGUACAUGGGAUUACGACUUAAUGUGCAGCCAGGCUGGUGAAUGAGUACAGAAUUGUGGCAGGUUGCUGAAGGAUUCUACAUCCAGCUGAGCUACCCACCCAAGUGGUAAUCAGGCUACUAGCUCGUGUAGGCUUAUUUAUGCGCUCUAUGUGGGGCUACCUUUGAAGGUGACCCGGAAACUGCAAUUAAUCCAGAAUGCAGCAGCUAGACUGGUGACUGGGAGUGGCCGCCGGGACCGCAUAACACUGGUCCUGAGAGAUCUACAUUGGCUCCCAGGACGUUUCCGAGCACAAUUCAAAGUGUUGGUGUUGACCUUUAAAGCCCUAAAUAGCCUCGGUCCAGUAGACCUGAAUGAGCGUCUCCACCCCCACCAUUCAGCCGGACACUGAGAUCCAGCGCCAAGGGCCUUCUGGCGGUUCCCUCAUUGCGAGAAGUGAAGUUACAGGGAACCAGACAGAGGGCCUUCUCGGUAGUGGCACCCGCCCUGUGGAAUGCCCUCUCACCAGAUGUCAAGGAAAUAAGCAGCUAUCUUAUUUUUAAAAAGACAACUGAAGGCAGCCCUGUUUAGGGAAGUUUUUAAUACCAGUAUUUAAUGCUGUAUAGUUUUAAUAGUCGAUUGGGAGCCACCCAGAGUGGCUGGGGAGACUCAGCCAGAUGGGCGGGGUACACAUAAUAAAUUAUUAUUAUUAUUAUUAUUAUUAUUAUUAUUAUUAUUAUUAUUAUUAUAUUUGCAAGGCUGCUUGAAUGAUAGAAUUUUAGAGUUGAAGAGACCCUGAGUAUCAUCUAGUCUAACCCCCUGCAAUGCAGGCAUAUGCAGCUGUCCCAUUUGGGGAUCGAACCUGCGACCUUGGUGUUCUCAGCACCAUUCUCUAACCCUGCUUUGUGAGGUAGGAUGAGUAUGGGCUUAAAUUACUGGUUUCCUCUUUUCAGGCACUGCAGUUGCUUAUUAAUGUAUGUUUUACUUCGCUAUUUUAACAAAUAACAUUGAAAGCAUUAAUGAAGAAUUGCUCUGGCUGCAAAAUAGAAAACCAGUAACUAAACCCCUGCUCCCUUGCAGGGGAACAGGAACUGAUUGAUUAAGAGCCACCACAGGAAUAGUAUACAAGUGAAUAGGAAGCAAACAGAAUGAAGUGGCAGAGAGGCUGCUUGAAAGAAAAGGGCAAGGAGGAAACAACCAAUGAAAGGGAGACAUGUCUCUGGUGCAUUGCCAGUCGACACUGGACAGCUUUGCUCUCCUAUUUCAUUCUAAAACCAAAACAUUGCCACAGAUCAGGACUGAAAAUUGAUGGUAGGAGAACACAGGUUCUUUGAAAUGCAAUGGUUCGGCAGUGAUUAGGGUUGGGAAAUAUCUGGUUUUCAACAUUGUAGGCUCUCCAAAUGUUCUUAAAAUUCCAGUAGUUAAAUAGGUUGUUUGAUAGCUUUAAAAAAAUCUCUCCCUUUAAAAAAGACACUGUAGUUGAUUAGCUUUUAAAGUUCCAUUUGGGAGUUGAUCAUUUGCAUGCUUGUCGAAGAGGGACAUUCCUGCAUUUUUAAUAUGUGAACAUAUAAAACCCAUCCCGCAGCUGCUUUGCUGUGGAGUUGUGAUCAAAUAUCUCAGCUGGCUGUGGUCUGCGUUAUCCAAAGAAUUAUUGGGUUGGAAUUGGCAAGAUUGCUGGACACAAAUUAAACCCAAGUUUGCACAAUACUUGCUGUGGGGUGACCUUUUUGCAAAUCAAAAGGGUUUGCAGUGAAAUCCUGUGCAUGUUUAUACAGAGGCAAACCCCACUGAGUUCUAUGGGGACUUUGUGUUUCUAUGGGAUUAUAGCCUGUUUUGGGGUUGUUGGGUUUUUUUUAUUAUUAUUAAAAUGUGAUCAUCUGUUUCCCCCAAGUGAACUUGCAUAGAUAUGUAUAAAACAGGAUAGUAAUUUUUGUGAAUUACUAAUUUCUGUGUGCUUUUCCCUUCUUGAUUUACCAGGGUGAAUUAAUCCCCACUUCAUUGGGGAUUUCAAUUUGUUGUACACAGAACACACAUGGUAACAAGGGGAGGAUGAUAAUUCCUUUUCUCAAGUGCACUUAAAAGGCUGGUUUGGUUCUGGUUGACAAUACUGCUUAUUUCGGACCAAUCUGGAGCCUUCCAGCUGUUUUUAGUACAAAUCCCAUCAGUGGGGGGAUAUCUGCAGGAUCACACCUUGCAAUCCCUGCCUCUUGUGACCCCCCCUUCCCACUGUCUCCCACUUAUGUGAAUGAAAUAGCAAUUGUCAGAGCAGCACCAGCCCAGCUGAAGUCAUCUGGAGAGGAACACUUUGGGAUUCUUCCUCAUUAUCCACAUCAGUGGCCAAGAGAACUGAAGUGUAAACUAUUAGUUAUUAUAACUCUCUUAAUCUAUUCUAAUAAAGCUGUAAAUGAAAUGAUUAACUUCCUCCUUAACAAAGUUGGGGUUACAGAAGGUCUCCCUUAGUCGUACAGUACUUGCUUCUUGCAAAAGUAUUCAAAUUAAUUCUGCCCAAGUUCUGCUAGGCAAAUUUCUCCAUCAUCCAUAUUACCUAUUUAUUAUAAAGCUUACUCUAUACUGUGAAUGGUUGCCUGUAUCACACUUAAAACAAUUUUUUAUCAUGGAUUGUCAUAGAUUCAUAGAAUUGUUGAGUCGGAAAGGACCCAGGGGGUCAUCUAGUCCAACCCCCUGCAGUGCCGGUAUCACAGCUAGAGAAUCCCUGACAGGUGGCCCUCCAAACUCUGUUUAAAAACCUCCAAUAGACAAGAGUCCCGCCACCUUCUGAGGCAGUUCAUUUCACCGUCAAGUGGCUCUCACUGUCAGAAAGUUAUUCCGAAUGUUCAGAUAGAAUCUCCUUUCUUGUCAUUUUAAUCCAUCAGUUUGGGCCCUACCUUCUGGAACAGCAGAAAACAAGCUUACUCCAUCUUCCAUGUGACAGCCCUUCAGAUUUUUAAGGUGGCUUACAUAACACCUCUCUUGUCUGCUCUUCUCCAGGCUAAACAUCCCCAACUCCUUCAACUGUUCCUCGUAAGGCUUGGUUGCAAGACCCUUCAUCACCUUAGUUGCCCUCCUCUGCACACCUUCCAGCUUGUCAAUAUUCUCCUUAAACUGUAGUGCCCAGAACUGGACACAGGUCUUCAGGUGGGGUGUGACCAAGGCAGAGCAGAGUGGUCUUUUUUUUCACACACAAGACUGAAAGCUCAAAGACCACAUGAGGAAUUAUGUGACAAAGGUAGCACUUGAACUCAGAUCUUGAGCCUUGAGGACCAGCCUGCCUGGCAACUGUGUGCACUCUUACUCAUUUACUAUAUUUAUAUGCCAAAAGGGUUCAAGUGGAUUUCUGUUUAAAAUACUACAGUAGUUUAUUAUAACCUAAGGAUCAGGGAAAGGAGAUACACACGCAAUUCUGAAACCACUAAUGAUGGAGAGAAGGUUCUGAAAAUAAAUGGUAGUUGCUGGAUGAACUGAUGGGAGGAGCCUGGCUUUCUCGGCUGAGUUUAAUUGAGGAAGUUUCUUUUAAAGGUACCACCAUUUCUCAGAUGCAACAACUUGGGCUGAACCAUUCAGAAUAAUGCGAUGAAUAUACAGGACAGGAGCUGUCCCUGGUGGCAUAAAACCGCUGCAGAUUCUUUCUGAUGACAUAAUGCACAGACUCUAAGCCCAGUCACAGUAUCUGUUUUAUUGUAUAUUUCCAAACUGUUGACAAAAAGGUCAGUGAGCAUCUCUUCCAGCCCUUUUAAAAGACAGGUGGUAUUCCUACAUCACAAGGUUUAGCACAGGGAGGUGGAGCCU